GAACUAAACCAUGCUCAUCAAAUGGCCAUAGACAUAUCAUGCGUGGAUAAGAAUUUAGACCUGAGGCUGAUGCUAUGGACCAAGAGUGUUGUCACUGACUUAACUGAUGAAGAAAUGCAGAGCCUUAGAAAUCUGAUUAAUUCAGCUGUUUUGGAUCCAGGAGUGAAGGGUGGUUUGAGAUGGCCCCUAGGGAAGUCAAACUCGAGGGUUCGGUACCGUGUUAGUGGGAUUUGGCACACAGAAGUUAAGUUGUAUGAAAGCUCAUCACUGAGGCUCAAGGUAAGACAUGCUGAUCGAUUUAGUUUUGAGUCUUCUACUGGGGAGUCGUCAUUGGAGAUUACUCUGAAGUUGAAGCAAUUAGCUUCAGACAUACUGAAAUUUAUCAUUGAAGUGCUUAUAUUCCAAAUGUUGUUUCCAGUUUCACCGUUGAGUUGCAAAACAAUUUCAGCGUAG